ACACUCCAAUUCCCACAACAAAUCAGUGACCUUUUUCUCUAGCCACCUGUCCUCCCAGAGCUUCCUUGUACUAUCAUCAAUGGCGGCCGUAGAACCACCACCUCCACCCACUCCAACACCGGAACCCAACAUGAACCUCCACUCAGACCACCUCAAAUCCACCCCUCUCUACACCCGCAUCCGCCUCGCCACCCAAACUGAUGUCCCUUUCAUCCACAAACUCAUCCAUCAAAUGGCCGUCUUCGAGAAGCUCACCCACCUCUUCGAAGCCACCGAAUCUUCUCUCUCCUCCACCCUCUUCACCAAUGCCCCUCCUUUCCAAUCUUUCACCGUCUUCCUUCUCGAAGUUUCCCCUACUCCUCUCUCUCUCCACCACCUUCCCACUGCCUCCCUCUUCCAACCCAUCCACAAAACCGUCCAUAUCCCUCUUUCCCAUCUCAUUUCCGACGCUGAAGAGCCACUCUUCCACACCGCUGAAGGCGCCACCGUCGCCGGCUUCGUCCUCUUCUUCCCAAACUACUCGUCUUUUCUCGCGAAACCCGGGUUUUACGUGGAGGAUGUGUUCGUCAGAGAGUGUUACCGUAGGCAGGGUUUUGGUGGUUUGCUGAUGAAGGCGGUGGCGAAUCAGGCUGUGAAGUUAGGGUAUGGGAGAGUUGAGUGGUGUGUGCUUGAUUGGAAUGUGAAUGCCAUUCGGUUUUAUGAGAAGAUUGGAGCUGAUGUUAUGCAGGAAUGGCGGAUUUGCCGACUUACUGGCGACUCCCUACUUUCUUAUGGCCAGCCUAAUUACUAGUAGUAGACUUGUUGGCAACUCCCUACUAUUUUACGGUCAUCCUAAAUCCUAAUCUCGUAGUAAUCAAUAAUUAAUCUCAUAGUUCGAUCUGACUCGUGUUUUCGUAGUUGCGAACAUUUAGUUGUAGUCUCUGUGAGAUUGGAUUUGUCUAAUGGUGGGAUUUUACUGAAUGAUUUUGCAUCAUUUACUUUGUUGUUAACUAGCUUUAUCAUAUAUGUUAUGGAUGAUUUUAUGAAUUGAUUUUCAUUUCGUUGUGCA